AUGGAGCUGGAAUACCAACUGCCCAACGCCACCGCGUUUUGGUUCUCCCCAGCUUCCCCCUUUGACAACUUCUCCAUGGAAGCACCUACCAACGUGUCACAGAACGCCACAGGCCACCACUUUGACCUGACCAGCAACGCCAUCCUCACCUUCAUCUACUUUGUGGUCUGCAUCAUCGGGCUGUGCGGCAACACGCUGGUGAUAUAUGUCAUCCUUCGUUAUGCCAAGAUGAAGACCAUCACCAACAUCUACAUCCUCAACCUGGCCAUCGCAGAUGAGCUGUUCAUGCUCGGUCUGCCCUUCCUGGCCAUGCAGGUCGCCCUGGUACACUGGCCCUUUGGUAAAGCCAUCUGCAGAAUUGUCAUGACAGUGGAUGGGAUCAACCAGUUCACCAGUAUCUUCUGCUUGACGGUCAUGAGCGUUGACCGGUACCUGGCUGUCGUCCAUCCCAUUAAAUCUGCCAAGUGGAGGAGGCCCAGGACAGCCAAAAUGAUCAAUGUGGCCGUUUGGGGCGUUUCCCUCUUGGUGAUCAUGCCCAUCAUGAUUUAUGCUGGGGUGCAGCAUAACCACGGCAGGAGUAGCUGCACCAUCAUCUGGCCGGGAGAGUCGGGUGCCUGGUACACGGGCUUCAUCAUCUAUGCCUUCAUCCUGGGCUUCCUGGUGCCUCUCACCAUUAUCUGCCUUUGCUACUUGUUCAUCAUUAUCAAAGUCAAGUCCUCAGGCAUCAGAGUGGGCUCCUCCAAGAGGAAAAAGUCUGAGAAGAAAGUCACCAGGAUGGUUUCCAUUGUGGUUGCUGUCUUCAUCUUCUGCUGGCUCCCCUUCUACAUCUUUAACGUCUCCUCAGUCUCCGUCCUGAUCGUGCCCACGCCUGUCCUCAAAGGCAUGUUCGACUUCGUGGUGGUCCUCAGUUAUGCCAACAGCUGUGCCAACCCCAUCCUUUACGCCUUCUUGUCUGACAACUUCAAGAAGAGCUUUCAGAACGUUCUCUGCCUGGUGAAGGUCAGCGGCAUGGAUGAGGCGGACCGGAGCGACAGCAAGCAGGACAAAUCCAGGCUCAACGAGACCACAGAAACCCAGAGGACCCUGCUCAAUGGUGACCUGCAGACGAGCAUCUGA